GGAUCAAGACUUCUGCGGAGGGUCUUCAGUAUCGCGCGAUACCGCGUGUGCAGUAUCACAUAGGAUUAGUGUUGUGUUUAACCCCAUAGGGGUAAACGGUCAUUAUGACCAACAACGGACUGCGGUUGCUCGCGUCCUUCUUAGGGUUGUUAGUGUGCGUUUCCGCGCAAUUUUUCACAUUAUCAAGUGCAAACCGAACUGGAUUGUACGGAAAAGACGAUAGUUACAGUGGUAGACAAAAUUAUAUAAGUAGUGAUACGGACCGAACCCGUUUAGAUCCAUCAAUAUCAUCCGAUGGAUCACAUUCUUACGGUGCAGACGUGCAUUAUCCGCGUAACCCUUCCGAAGGGCAACCGCCGUCUGCAACACACGAGCAGGAUCCUAGAAGAAAUGAGGAAGACGACUCUGCAGAAGAAGACGACGAUUUCGAUGAUCAAAAUCGGGACGAUAGGCAAGAGUAUUACAAUCAUAACGCACCAGGUGGCCAAUCAUCGCGUAGAUCAUGGUAUGAAACAUCAUCUGGGCACAGACAACCGGUCGAUUACCCACCAUCUGACAAUGAGAACAGAGUUGAUAGUGAAACCGAUAACCGCUAUCCUUAUCAUGAAUCUUCAGCUACCGCUUCUCGUGGACAAGGCGAUCCCAACAGCUAUAAUUACGGAUCACACAGUCAGGCACCAGUGAAUGUUUCCAGCGAAACGAGGUCGUAUUAUUAUGAAAGUUCGAGCGGACAGCAAGGACAACCACCAAGCAUUUCGGGACAAGCUCCAGACGAAGGCACCUAUAGGCAAGGAGUUUCCAGAUACGAAACCGGAGGCGGAUCAAAUCCAUACUAUGAUCCUUCGAGGCCAGGUUCGCCGCAAUCUCAACCGCCAUAUGCACAUACGUCUAGUUCUUCGUCCAAUUCUUACUACGAAACCUCCGGUGGUCAGCCAGCACCAGAAUCACCCCAGUCGCCUGGAUUGGACCCCUCACGUACAUACUACUAUGGAUCGUCGAGUGGACAAGGUGCUCCAGGUGCGCCACAACCUCACCCGCCAUCCGGCCAUUCUUCCAGCUCAUCAAGCAGUUAUUACUACGAAUCUUCAAGCGGACAAGCGAGCCCCGGUGGCGCACAGCCUGCCUCGCCUUAUGGACCAGGAGGCGCAUAUCCAGGUGCGCCGCAACCAUCACAUGGACAAACGUCAGAUUCACGCAGCUACCAUUACGAAUCAUCAGGCGGACAAGCUGCUCCAGGUUCGCCACAACAACCGACUUCCGGUCAGACGAGUUCAUCGAGCAGUUAUCAUUAUGAGUCGUCAAGUGGACAGGCGUCUCCGGGUGCCCAACAGCCACCAUCACCUGGACAAGGUUCUCCAGAUUCAAGCUACUCAAAUAGUUACUAUUAUGAGUCAUCCAGUGGCCAAGGAUCCUCACCCGGACAAGCACCUUCAGGCGCUCCCGGUCAAUACUCACACCAAGGAAGAGGAGAUGUCCGUACCGGAUAUGAAUCUUCUAGCAGCCAAGUUUCUAGAACAGAACAGGACAUUCGUGGCGCUUAUCCUAGCGCUCCAUACGCCGGAAGGAGACCAUACGAUAGCAGUUAUGAUGUUGUGGAAGCCCCCAACAGUGCUUUCGGACCUAAACGAGGAAAUGAAAGAUGCAUACCUAAAUGUUUUGCUGAGAAAGGAAGUAGAGGCUUCCCUGGAUUACCUGGUAUUCCAGGAGAAAAAGGUCAGCGAGGAUUUCCCGGCCCCGAAGGCGCAAUGGGAUCGAAAGGCGAAAAAGGCGAAUACGGACCGAUCGGUCCACGAGGACCUAAAGGAGAUCGAGGCAAAAUAGGCGUUCCCGGAUUUCCUGGCAUCAACGGCGUUCCGGGAUUACAGGGUCCCCCUGGUGCACCCGGAAUACCUGGUAUGGAUGGGUUUAACGGAACCGACGGUAGUUCAGGUGUGCCUGGUCAAUCAGGAGAACAAGGCCCUAGAGGUUAUCCUGGCAGCCCUGGAAUGAAGGGAAUGAAAGGUGAAGCUGCGCAUUGCGAAAUCAACUUGAAAGGUCAAAAAGGAGAGCCCGGACUUAAUGGAGUGACAGGUCCGGCAGGUUUGCCAGGUCCAGUUGGGCCACUCGGAAAUCCAGGAAUAGCAGGAGAAGUGGGAUUACCUGGUCCAAGAGGGCCUCCUGGAUUGAAAGGCCAAAAGGGUAACAUGGGAUUGGGAUACGAAGGCCAAAAGGGCGAAAAAGGAUCUAAAGGUCAAACUGGUAUGAAGGGAGAAGCGGCCGUUUUACCCUUCGGAACUGACACGCAUAUUGUUGGACCAAUGGGAGAUAAAGGAGAUAAGGGUGAUCAUGGUGACUAUGGACCACUGGGGCAAAAAGGGGAACCUGGCCCAGAAGGCGACUAUGGCAUACCUGGUGGUGUUGGCAUGAAAGGCGAAAAAGGAUUACCAGGUGCACCAGGCCCUCGCGGUAGAGACGGAUUUCCUGGAAUUCCGGGUCCUCUGGGUCAAAAAGGAGAUCGCGGAGUUGAAGGAUUGCCAGGAUUACCUGGACGACCUGGUACAAAAGGUGAACCUGGAAGAGAUGGUCCAGUUGGUCCCCAAGGUUUAAGAGGGCCACAGGGUCCACCCGGAGGUGGAAAAGGUAAACCCGGACCACCAGGACCUGCAGGACCUCGAGGGUACCCCGGACCUAUGGGUCCAAAAGGAAUGGACGGGUUCGAUGGCGAUCAAGGACCUCGAGGACCUAUUGGACAGCCUGGAGGUCCAGGCGUGCCAGGUAGACCUGGACCAGAAGGUGCGCCAGGCGAAAAGGGACACAAAGGAGACUCUGGUGCAGUUGGUUUGCCAGGAGGCGAAGGUCCAAGAGGUUUCCCUGGUUCCCAAGGACAGCAGGGUCCUAGAGGUUUUCCUGGUGAAAAAGGUCUUUCGAUAAUUGGACAAAAAGGAUCUGAUGGACUUCCUGGUAGAGAUGGAUUGAAAGGUUUAAAGGGAGAAAAAGGUUAUCCAGGGCCGCGGGGAAUUCCGGGCGAUUCUUUGGAAGGAAUUCCAGGAUCACCUGGUUUGCCUGGAAGACCUGGUGAAAAGGGAGCUGCAGGUAGACCCGGAAAUCCCGGAAUACCUGGAUUGCACGGAGAAAAAGGAGAUAUCGGGGGUAGAUGUCAAGAUUGUUUACCAGGAGCCAAAGGGGAGAAAGGAGACCGAGGAUUUGAUGGAUUACCAGGAACACCUGGAGCACGUGGGCUUCCUGGAGAAAGAGGAUAUCCAGGUGUACCGGGAGCAGAUGGUUUAUCUGGAGCACCCGGUGCGCAAGGACCACGCGGAAAAGAUGGCAUUCCUGGCAAACCGGGAUAUGAUGGCGACAAAGGUGAACCUGCGUUUAUACCAGGUGAUUUAGUAAGAGCACCUAAGGGCGAUAAAGGAGAACGUGGCUUGCCGGGGAUAGCUGGUCCUCCGGGACCUAUUGGACCUGUUGGACCGGUGGGACCAUCUGGAUUACCUGGUUUCCCAGGAUUGAAGGGUGACACUGGCUAUCAAGGCUUCCCAGGUCCUGAUGGGCGACCAGGAGACACAGGAAUACCUGGUGCCAAAGGUGAAAAAGGUGCAAGUAUAAAGGGAGAACCAGGCUUCCCCGGACAAAAAGGCGCGGCUGGUUUUAAAGGUGACCCAGGAGCAACCGGUCCCAAAGGUGCACCAGGCUCGUGUCCCCAAUCCUUUACAGAAGGAUUUAAAGGAAAUAAGGGCGAAAAGGGAGAGAAAGGAGAACUUGGUCCACCAGGUUACAAUGGUUUAACUGGAGACAAAGGUCUGCGAGGUCUCACAGGUGAACCUGGUUCCCCUGGCCAAACUGGAGCACCAGGUCCUGUAGGUCAACGCGGAUUGCCAGGUCCUCGUGGUGAUAAGGGUGAGAUGGGUCCUUUAGGAUUCCCAGGAGAACCAGGUAAAGAUGGUGAUCGAGGAAUACCUGGAAUUCCUGGAACCAAGGGUGGUAAGGGAGAACCCGGGAUAUCUGCAAUAGGACCACCAGGGCCACCUGGAAUGCUUGGUCCCCAAGGAGAAAAAGGUUUGCCCGGAUUCCCCGGAAAAACUGGAUUGCCGGGGCCAUCUGGCAUGCCAGGAUUACAAGGAGAAAAGGGAGAUGUUGGCAUACCCGGAUUGAGUGGAACGCCCGGUUAUCCAGGACAGAAAGGUGAUACAGGGCCAUUUGGUCCACCUGGUGCGCCGGGUGCCCCAGGACGACCAGGUUAUGACGGGCCAAAGGGCGAAAUUGGAUUUAAGGGAGAAAUUGGUCGACCAGGGUUACAAGGAUUCCCUGGAGAGAAAGGUGAACCAGGAGUACCUGGUGCAGAUGGACCGAAAGGUUUCCCAGGCCCUAGAGGCGCUCCUGGAAAAUCGGGAUUAUCUGGUGUCGAUGGACGACCAGGAGAAAGAGGUGAAAAAGGGGACCAUGGUUAUCCAGGGCCGCCAGGACCACCUGGAUUAUUGGGAGCGCCAGGUCUACCAGGACUUAUUGGAGAGAAGGGUGAUGUAGGACCAGUGGGCGGCCCUGGUCUUCCAGGUCAAAAUGGAUACCCCGGUGCCAAAGGUGAAUCUGGUUUACCUGGCUUGCCUGGACUGAAGGGCGAAAACGGGGCGGCUUCAGAGAAAGGGCAAAAAGGCGAGCCUGGCAUUCCAGGAUUGAGAGGUUCACCCGGUCAGUCAGGACGAGAUGGAUUACAUGGCGCUAAAGGAGAAGCUGGUAUACCUGGUAUUGGCAUUCCUGGUACCCCUGGAGCGAAAGGCGAGCGAGGCAUACCUGGUAUUGAUGGAUUACCUGGUUUGCGCGGGCAAAAAGGGUUACCUGGCUUGGCGGGACAAUUAGGUCAGAAAGGUGAUCAUGGUUUAACUGGUGCUCCUGGUGCACCAGGCGUGGAAGGAAUUGAUGGUUUACCUGGAGAAAAAGGAGACAUUGGUUUCCCUGGAAUACCUGGAUUCCAAGGCGCGAAAGGAGAUGUUGGUUACCCAGGUCAACAUGGUUUUGACGGCGCUAAAGGUGAAAGGGGAGCCCCGGGUCCUGCUGGACCCAUAGGAUUCCCUGGAUUAGAAGGCAAAAUGGGAGAUCGUGGUCUUCCUGGACCACUUGUUAGUGUAAAAGGUGAAAAAGGUGAACCAGGAGCGUCUGGUUUGCCUGGCCGACAAGGUGAAAAAGGUGCUAUGGGCUUUAAUGGUGCAACUGGCAUAGCUGGAGAAAAGGGAAGUGCAGGUUAUCCAGGCCCUAAAGGUGACAUUGGUCUACCUGGUGCUGCCGGACAUAAAGGAGACAGAGGUUUCCCAGGUCAACCAGGACUUCCUGGUAUAACUGUGAAAGGAGAGAAAGGUCUCCCAGGUCUUCCCGGAAAGAAUGGCAGGGAUGGAUUACCAGGUAUUGUUGGUGAAAAGGGCGACCGCGGAUUCCCCGGUCUUCCCGGCGCGGUUGGAGUUCGUGGACCUCCAGGCCCAAUUGGACCACAAGGAGAAAAAGGAGAUCAGGGUGUGUCAGGCCUGCCUGGCGCGCCAGGGAAUGAUGGUUCACCUGGAAGACCUGGAUUUGAUGGAGCUUUCGGGCUUGCUGGAGAAAAGGGAGAUCGCGGUCUACCGGGAUUAAUGGGUGCACCUGGACAGAAGGGAGAACGUGGGUUAACCGGAAUACAAGGUCCUCCUGGUUUUAAUGGCGAGAAAGGAGAUCGCGGUUUGAAUGGUUAUCCUGGUGCGACAGGUCCGCAAGGUCCACCUGGGGAAAAAGGUUUUCCGGGUCCGUCAGGUCUUGUUGGAAUUCAAGGAUUCAUUGGACAAAAAGGAGAGAAGGGAGAGAUGGCAGUGGUGAUACCCGGACCUAAGGGUGACCGAGGCUUCCCUGGCACGCCUGGUAGGCCAGGAGAGCGUGGUGCUCCAGGGUUAGAUGGUCUUCCUGGACAGAUCGGUCCUAAAGGCGAACCUGGUCCAAGCGGAAGAAAUGGAUCACCUGGGCCGGUUGGUGCUAUUGGACCCAAAGGAGAUAGAGGUUUUGAUGGUUUGGCAGGAGCAGUUGGAGCGAUUGGGUUCACAGGUGCAAAAGGCGAACCUGGUGCGUCUUGUGAUGUGACACCUGACUACUUAACUGGCAUAUUGUUGGUCCGACACAGUCAAACUGUUGAUGUUCCCACUUGUGAACCUGGCCAUAUUAAACUUUGGGAUGGUUACUCAUUGUUAUACAUUGAAGGUAACGAAAAAGCGCAUCAUCAAGAUUUAGGAUUUGCUGGGUCAUGCAUUAGAAAAUUCUCCACAAUGCCUUUCUUGUUCUGUGAUUUUAAUAAUGUUUGUAAUUACGCUAGUAGAAAUGAUCGAUCAUACUGGUUAUCUACCAGUGCACCUAUGCCUAUGAUGCCUGUUGAAGAAAGUGCAAUUAGGCAAUAUAUAUCAAGAUGCGUUGUAUGUGAAGCUCCAGCAAACGUAAUUGCUGUUCACAGUCAAUCCCUGACAUUACCGGAAUGUCCUAGUGGAUGGAGUGGUUUAUGGAUCGGGUACAGUUUUGUUAUGCACACUGCUGCAGGCGCAGAAGGCGGUGGUCAAUCACUGUCUAGUCCCGGAUCUUGUUUAGAAGAUUUCCGUGCGACACCAUUCAUUGAAUGUAACGGAGCACGAGGCACUUGCCAUUAUUUCGCGAACAAAUUAAGUUUCUGGUUGGCAACAAUCGAAAGUAAUCAGCAGUUCCAAACACCGCAAAGACAGACGCUCAAGGCAGGUAACGUACGAGACCGUGUAAGUAGAUGUCAAGUGUGCAUGAAGAACACAUAGGAAGAAAUGGGCACAAUGAAAUUUUAAUUAGCACUUAGGUUCCACAAAUUUUAUGGUUCCAUAAGUCAUUGUAAAAUAGACAAUCUUUAGUUAUAA